GCGCCACUAUAGCCGCUCCCAAUCCACAAAAAGUCUUUUAUUAUCCGCUAGCUAUCUCUAGCCAAAUAUUUAAAAGCUAGUGAGCGCAAGUUUUUAUAGUAACAGAAACCUUUCGUUAGUGUAGUUCACUUGUGCCUGCCACACCUCUUCCAGGGGCUGGUAUGGCUACAUGUAGGAGUGCAGAUUUUGACCGUGGCCAUGGAUUACUGGAUACGAAGUUGAAGAUUGAUGAUCAUCUGACUGUGUAUGAACGGUUGUUUAAUGCUGAUACCCGCUGGUACAAUAUUGGAUUGAAAUUGAAGGUUCCUAAUGAAAAACUAAAGAAUAUCAGAGAAGUUAAUCGUAAUGAUUCAGAAAGAUGCUUGUGUGAAAUGAUUGAUUACUGUAUAAAAAGUGAUGAUGGUCUCACUUGGAAAAAAGUGUGUGACUCUCUCAGAUCUCCAAUAGUGAAAUGUAACCAAAUCGCUGAAGAUAUUGAAGAGUGGCUACUAAUUCAACAGAAAGUCAGCAGAGAUACUGAUGAAACGUUAAACCAAGAAAGUCAUGUCACUCAUGAGUCCACUUCAGAGUCAGAGAACUUUUCUGAAUUAGGCACAGACGUCCCCCCCGCAACCUCACUACCAAUCCCCGGCUCAGCAGGCCCAGCCACCCCCCCCAUAGUCUCACUAUCCAUCCCCGGCUCAGCAGGCCCAGCCAUCCCCCCCGCAGCCUCACUACCCACCUCCGGCUCAGCAGGGACCACCCCCAGCCCAGGUUUGACAUGUACAGUAGAGUUUCUGCAAACUACUAUGAACAUCACUGAUGAACAGCUUAACUUAAACAUUCAAGAAACAUAUCUCUAUGAAUUGGCAGCUUGCUUUGAUAACACUGAUGACUAUGUCGAGAUACUAGGGCUCUCAGAUGCACAGCAAACGGAUGUAAAGGAAGAGAAGGCUAAAGUUGUUAUCAAUCGCACACAGGCCGGUAUGAAAUUGGCUCUCAAAUACUGGCUGCGAAAAGAACAUUUGGAGGCAACUUUCCGAUCUUUACUCUCUCUCAUACUUUCUAUGAAUAAAGGAAAUGUUGCUGGCGAAGUAUGCGAGUUCCUUAAAAAUCUACAACUCCCAAAACGAAAACGGAAAAACUCAGAUUAUAGCAUGCAAAGUGGGUCGAUAGGCACAUCCAAACAAAGGAGGAAGUCAGAUGCUACAGUAGAAGAAUUGGACUUGCUGAAAGAAGAUUUUUCUAUGGAACGUUCGUUUAACAAUCUGUCCAAUCAAAUACGGAAGUCACUAGUGGAUCAAGGCCAUAAGCCAACUCAAUUACUUUCCUGCUUACAAGGAUAUGACAUGUUUCCUAAGCUUCUUGUGGAAUCUAAUACUAUUUUCGCAGAAGAGAAAGAAAGAUGCAUGAAAUGUGAAUCAAUUAAUGAUUUGUGGUUUUAUAUCGGCAAUUUCUUCACAUCUUAUAGCUAUGAGAUAUUGGAGACUCUCAUCCAAGAAUUAGGAACAGAAACUGACAAGCAACGCUUGCAAGACUAUAAAAAAUUGUUUUUUGAGCAUUCCAAGAAGUCUCUUGAGAACUUCGGUGCAGCCCUGACUCGAUUCACGGGCACCACAUACAGGGAAUUGAUUGUCAAAAUUAAUGACACCUUCAAAAAGAUUUCUGCUAAACACCUUGAAGAACUCAAGAUUAACUUGGCUAAAGCAGUUGAUAUUCCAAACAAUCACCUUAAACGAUUCAUUGUUCAACCAGGGUGCAUUGAAAUAACUUAUCAUGUUCCACUGUAUGUCGAAUUUCAACUGAAAGCAUUUUCAAUUUCAUCAGAACAGCGAACUUUACUAGAAAAUCUUCGAGUUAUUUGGCUGAAAUGUGGAUGCUUCUGGUAUUAUGUACAGAAUGUUGACGGAUCUGGCUCAGGAAAUAAUCAAAGAAGACCAGAUACAGAUGGCGACCGCUCAAGUGAUGCUCGCAAGAAGUUUAUCUCUAAUAUAAAUCCAGACAAUGUUGUGGACACUGAUUCAGUUUAUGAACAACUUGAUAAGGCAAGCUCUAUUCACGACAGUGAAUCUGGAUAUGGCACUGGAUAUGGCACGAUGGGUAAAGAUUAUACUUAUGGCAAAUUGCCAGCUCGUAAGCAACCAGAGGAGAAAAUAGACCAACUUGGUCGCUUAGAUACCAUCGAAACCUCACAAAUGAAAACUUUCCCCGAUGCAACGAAGGCGCAGAUUGACACGAGCCGUUUAUUGAAAAGGUAUACAGCAUGUGUUCCAAAACGAAAUGACAACAAUACUCAACUUCAUAUUGCUUGUUAUAAUGGCGAUGUGUUAAAGGUUUCAGAAUGUAUUCAAGUUCAAAAACUAGAUCCAUUGGAGUUUAAUCAACAAGGUGAUACGGCUCUUCAUACUGCCACAAGAGCUGGACAUCUCAACGUUGUUAAGUACCUUGUUGAAGAAUGCCAAGUAAAUGAAGCUUGUGAAGCUGCUGAUGGUUCAACUGCUUUUCAUAUUGCUGCCUUCUAUGGGCACAAACAUUUGGUCAAGUAUUUUAAUGAGAAAGAGCUUGAUCCGUUAUAUUGUAAUGAAUACAAAGAAACACCGUUAUUUCUGGCUUGCUUGGCUGGUGACGUGCAGAUAGUCAAACUUUUGGUUAAGGAAGCUCAAAAAUAUCAGCCAGUUGAAGAUUUCAUUCGUAACACAACUCUCACUGGUGAAACAGUACUUCACUAUGCUGUAUUGUCCAAAAAAUUAGCAAUGGUAAAGUACUUAGUAACCAUUCUCCAAACUGAACGACUUGAACGAGGCGUACGAUAUGACACGGCUCAGCAUAGGUUUGCAUUGCUGGAUGAAGCAGACAGAAAUGGCCGCAUGCCUAUUCAUCUAGCUUGUCAAUGUGGUUUGACAGAUAUUGUUCAGUACCUAGUUGAAUCAGAGACCUACAAGCCAGACAUCUGUACAAGUAAUGGAUGUACUCCUCUUCACUAUGCAGCUCUAUCUGAAACACCUUGUGUUCUUGAGUACCUGAUUAAAGAACAUCAUUGUGAUGCGAUGUGUACUGACAUCCUAAACAAUACACCUGUUCACUAUGCAGCAAUAGGUGGUACUCUAGAAACUUUCAAAUGUCUUAUUGAAACUCAUAGAUGUGAUUCCAAUGUUCUCAAUAUCCAAAAAGAAUCACCUCUUCAUAUGGCUUGUGAAAAUGGGCAAAUUAUCAUCGCUAAAUAUCUCAUUGAGGAUGAAAAAUACAACCAAUACAGCAAAGCCUCUCGAGGAAAUACACCUCUUCAUUUUGCUGCUUUUGGAGGUCAUUAUGAUUUAGUAAAAUAUUUAAUUAUCGAUCGUGAAUGUGACCCAAACACUAAGAACGAUGAUAAUGAAACACCACUUUUCUUUGCUAGUUACGGGGAAAAAGUUCUUGCUCUUUUAGUUGGUGAUGAUGUGUUUCAUCAUAUCAAAAAUCCUCCAAGAUUCAUGAAGACUAUUAAAUUUCUUGUUGAAGAGCAUAAUUGCUGUCUUACUUUAUCUAAUCCAGGCAAAUUUUCCCCACUUCAAAUAGCCUGUUUCUAUGAUAAUAUAACAGCUGUCCAAUAUUACAUUGAGGAUCAGAAAUGUGACAAAGAAUCUAAAGAUGCUAACGGAAUGGCUCUCAUACACGUUGCAGCUCUAGGAGACGCUAUUGAUGUCUUUACGUACCUAGUUGAAACUCAGCAGGUUGACAUAAAUUCCUCAGAUAACAAUGGUAACACGCCAUUACAUUAUGCAGCUGAUACGAGAGGGAAAGAGUCACUUAAAACAGAUCUCUACAAAAGUGUUAUUAAAACUCCCACCAAGUUAUCUUUUCAUCAGAAAACAGGUUUGAAAAAUAUUUUCACGGAUAUGAACCAAAUUGAACACCAACUGAACCUUUCCGUUCUUCGAUACUUAAUGAGUGGAGUAACAAGUAUCUCUGAACUAACUAACAGUAAGGGGCAAACACCUCUCCACAUUGCAUGCAAGCGUGGACAACUUAGUACCGUGAAACUUUUCAGCGAUUUUGAGCUGGAAACUAAAGAUAAAGAAGGAGCAACACCACUUCACCUUGCUGCACAAUGUGGCCACUUACCAGUUGUCGAAUAUCUAGCUUUAGAGAAGAAAUGUGAUAUAAAAUGUAUCGACAAUGACAAUGACACACCAGCUCAUCUUGCCACCAUCAGUGGACAUCUAGAUGUAAUAAAAUUUUUCGUAGAAACUAUGGGAUUUGAUAUUCUCGCUGACAGUUCCCAAGAGUCACAUGACGUCAAGUUUGUUCGAUUUCCUCUUCAUGUAGCUUGUGCAGCAGAAAACAUUGACGUUGUCAGGUAUCUGGUUGAAGAAUUCCGAUGUGAUGUAAUGACAAGAGAUGAAGAUGGCGAUGUACCUCUUCAUCAUGCAGCAAUGCUUAAAAACAUUACCACAAUAAAAUACUUAGUAGAAGAGUGUGAUUGUAAUGUCCUAGUUACAAAUGAAAAAGGCUUAACUCCUCUUCACUAUUCUGUUGUCAGUAAUAUAGACAUUGUACAGUAUUUUGUUGAGGAGUGCGAAUGUGACGUUCGAGUAAAGACCAAAGACGGACUAACACCUCUUCACUUAGCAGUUAUUGUUGGAAACAUCGAUGUUGCUAAAUACUUUAUAAGCAAGAACUCUGAUUUGCUACACUCUCGUGACAAUAAUGGUUGCACACCUCUGCAUAUGGCAGCUAUGUAUGGAAAAGUUGAAAUGUGCAAAUUACUUAUAUCCGACUUCUACUGUGAUAAAAAUGAAAUAGCUGAAAAUGGGCAAACCCCGCUUCAUUUUGCUGCAAGUGAUGGUCACCUGCCUGUUGUGGAGUACCUAACACUCGAAGUGAACUGUGACAAGUCUAGCACAGAUGUAGAUGGUUUCACACCAGCUCACUUAGCUGUUUUAAAUGGACAUCUAGAUGUACUCAAAUUUUUUGUCGAGAGGCUGACUUUUGAUAUACGAAAUGAAAAAGCACUUGACAAUAAUAUUAGGCCAAUUCAUUUAGUAGUAGCAAAAAAUGGAAACUUAGCUAUCUUGAAGUAUUUGGUUGAAGAAUGCAAAUGUGAUGUAAUGGUCAAAGACAGUCAUGAUCGAGUGCCCCUUCACUAUGCUGCAAUACUUGGACAAUUGGAGACAGUAAGGUAUUUAAUUGAAAAAUGUGAAUGCGAUGCAAUGGUAAAAGACAGUGAUGGUAUGCUACCUCUGGAUUAUUCUACUGCUAAUAAAACAACAGAAAUUAUGAGGUACCUCGUUGAAGAAUGUCAAUGUCCCUUGAACUCAAUGAACAAAACUGGUCAAGUUCUUCUUCAUCAUGCAGCAGGCUGUGGAAAUAUCGAGGCUAUUGUGUAUUUGACAAGUAAAACAACUGAUGAUUUACCCCGAGACGUUUUAGACCUAACUCCUGUUCAUUACGCAGUAUUGAAUGAAUCGCUCCCGAUUGUCACUUAUUAUGUAUCAUACCUCAAGUGUGACCCCAAUAUUCCAUGUCUUUCAGAUACUACUCUACUUCAAUUGGCGUGUUCUGGAGGCCACCUGGAUAUUGUACAGUUCCUUCAACAAUGCCCUGCAUGUGAUUUUCAAGAGAGUGACAGAAGUGGCAAGACACCUUUACAUUAUGCUCUUGGCGCAGAGCAGAUGGAAAUUUCUCAUUUUCUUGUAAACCUAAAAUUAUGUGAUGUAACAGCUAGUGACAAAGCAGGAAACACAUGUCUUCACAUUGCAGCUGAGCAUGGACUACUGGAAUUUGUUCAGUUAUUUGUAGAUGAUUUUGACUGCAAUCCGAACUCCCUAAAUGCACGCAGACUAACUCCUUUUCACGUAGCUUGUGAAAAUGGACACGAAGAAGUGAUGAAGUAUUUAACAAGUCACCAUAAGUUUACUCCAGUAACGAAUAACGACAAUUUUACCACGCUUUAUUUUAUUGUUCUCAACAAUAAUAUUGAAAAAGCAAAAGAACUUGCCUUGUCGUCAGAAUAUGAUCUAAAAAGCAGAGACCAAGACGGUAAGACAAUUCUUCAUUAUGCUGUCAAAACUUUAAGGAGAGAGUUCAUUGAAUUUCUGAUAUUUGAGAUUGGGUGUGAUGUAACCAUUGCCGAUAACGAAGGAAAUACGUGUCUCCAUAUUGCAGCAGAGCUUGGGCAGCUCGAACUAGUUCAAAUGUUUGUCAUGGCAUAUGGACUUAACAUCAACCGUCAAAACUCUGUAGGAUUAACUCCCUUACAUCUAGCUGCUUGUAAUGGGUAUGAGGGUGUGGCUAAAUUUCUACUUGAGCAACCUAACUGUGAUGUAAUGCGUAAAGACAAUGAUAAUCGCACUCCUCUACAUCAUGCUAUUAUGGUGGAGUCUUUGGAAAUUGUCCAAAUGUUUUUAAUGGACAAAAGAACAAAAAUAAACAUUAAAGAAGACAAAGGCAAUUCUCUCCUCCAUACCUUAGCAAGUCAAUGCAGCCCUGAUAGUGACCUGUCGAUCAUGCGCUUGCUUUUGGCAUUUGGGGCAAAUCCAACUGCUGUAAAUAUCUUUAACGAGACUCCACUUCAUGUAGCUUGUAUACACGGACACGAGGAAGUUGCAGAUGUAAUCAUCAGUCACAUGGAUCCCUGCUCUUUAACAACAGAACUUGACUGCAGUAAAGCAACACCUCUCCACCAUGCUGCACUAGGAGGGAAUUUGAACAUAGUCAAGUUUUUGAUGUCCAACGGUUAUAAUCCCAUGCAGAAAGAUUGCCAAGGCAACACAGCUCUACAUUAUGCUGCAAUAAAUGGGAAUAUCAAUAUUUUGAGACAUCUCAUUGUGGACUCUGAUCUUGAACCUAACUGUACGAAUGAAAAUGGAUACACUCCAGCACAUGCAGCAUGCUCAGGAGCAAGUCUUUGUAUAGCAAGGCAUUUACUCUGGAGUGCCACAGCUACAGAAACAGAUUUGUAUAACGCUGUCUGUUUCCUGGGAUCUGAAAUGAUCACUUUAAAUCAAAAUUUAAAGACCAACACUGGAGAAAACAUUCUUCACUCUGCAUCUCGUAGUGGCUACCAAAGCAUUGUCGGGUACUUGAUCAUUGUUCUGAAAUUUGAUCCUCGUAUAACCAACCAAGUUGGCUGUACUCCGUUAGACAUUGCUAUUGGCUAUCGCCAGUUAGAUGUAAUCCCCUUUCUUAAAGAAUUCACCCCUGCAAAUGCCAUUCAGCUCUCACCGUCAGCACUCCAUCUAGCGGCCCUGCUUGGCCAUAUCUCAUCAGUGCAAUAUUAUAUCACUGACCUCCAAUCCGACCCUGACCUCCCAGACUCUAUUGGACGAACCCCCCUACACUAUGCUGUUAUGGGGAGACGACAAGCAAUAGCCCGAUUUUUGAUUCGCUCAAAAGCCGAUCAUCUCUCUGAGGAUGUGUUCCACAACCUACCUCUCCAUUACGCUGCUGCCCUUGGUUAUUUUGAUCUGGUCCGAUUUCUAGUCAACAUUGGCUCUCCAACUACCACCAGAGGUGUGCUGGGAAAGACACUUGCUGAGAUGGCUAUGGACGGAGGACACACAAAUGUUGUGGAAUUCCUUAGCAGUCUUCCAGAUUCUCGAAAAACCCCACACAACUCACUGAUUGACUCACUGGAUUAGCCUCAAUUUAUUAUUACGAUUGUCAAGUUCUUUAGAAACACUGUGAUCACUUGCACCACCCCUAUCCUGCAUGUAUAUAGUAUAGUUUGUGAAUUUACCCCUUUUUUACUCAAGAAGUUUAUUGCACAUUAUUAAUACGGACUCAAGGAAAGUCAGUAGUUUUGAACAGUAUGUACGGUGCUCUAGUGUGCCAUAACAGUUUUGUCUGUUUGUGUAUAUAUUUUUUAGUUUAACAUUGUGAACUUUGCUGAUUUCUAUAGUGAAUGUCUUUAUUAUUUUUGUCUACAGAACAAGGAUUAUAUUAAAAUUAGUUACGAAAAAUUGUUAGCAUCAUUAAUAGUAAUUUUUAUGACAGCACUAAUGUACGUCUACAAAAUUAGAUUGAAAUUCACUCUUUUAUGACAAA